AUAGGGCUUCAUAUGAAAGGCUUUCACUCCUACCGUUACAUAACCCAUGCACUGGUCAUGACCGUGUCAGUGCAGUGCACGCGGUCAAACGGAUUACCUAACUCGAGGUUUUUGUGGUGCAGUUCGUCGAUAUGUUUGCCAGAUUGGAAUGGUUCUCCAUAUCUGUAUUGGUGUGCUGCGUGCAGAGCGCGGUACUGGACCCCGCGCUGUACCUGUCGCCGAGCCCACCCAUGUCUCCCACCAGUGAUGACCUGUCUCCAGGGGACCUGUGGACACAGUCCUUCGCUUCCAGGAGAGAACGCGACGCGGAAAACUUCGUUCUUCCAGAACUAGAAGCUGCAACGGAACCAAAAGAACUAACUGGAAAAGCGAAAUCAUUCUGGCCAGCCUUGCGGUCACCUGACUACACCCUGCGGGGUAUCCACAUUCCCCUCACAUUCAGUAUAUCUGGCAGAUACGGAAAUGGCUUUGGCACUGGAGUUAUUGGCAGCAGUUAUGCAAGUGUAUCGAGUGAUGACACGAACAUAUUUGGGAAUUAUGGGAAGUCUGCCCUAGCAGGCAGUAGCUAUGGAAAUUACGGAGCGGGCUACCCUGGAAUUAGGGUGUUCGGAGGUGCUGCGAAAACUGGAUGGAGCGGAUGGGGUAAUGGCAAAUGGGGGCACUAUGGUAAGGGGUAAAUAUUUCUUUUGCCUAUAAUUAUUAUAAAUUAAGUAAGUACAUAGAAUAAGUCUUCCUCUUGAUCUCUACAGCUUACUCGUACGUAGGUAUGUAAUGUAAAGCAUAGGUACACCUAUUUCUUACAAGAAGUUCUACCUCAGUUUUUAUCUUCUUCUAUAUUUUAGCAUUU